AUGCAGCCUCCCUUACGCUCUGAAAUGCAGUCAUCGUGCAGUGGUGUUUAUCACCCUUGUGAUCUAACUGGAUAUAAUACUGCUGAAUAUCAAACACAGGGUAGUGGUGGAGUGCCAGGGACUCCAGGCAUCCCAGGGCUGAAUGGACUCCCUGGACGAAAAGGAGAUAAAGGUGACGGAGGCCUGAAUGGACUUGAUGGUGCACCAGGGAAAAAGGGAGAGAAGGGAGCUACAGGUUUUCCAGGUUUCCCUGGUUUUAAGGGAUCACCAGGUGCACUGGGGCCCAAUGGAGCUCCUGGCCGCCCUGGACCAGUUGGGCCCAAAGGGGAAGUUGGACCUAAGGGAGAGAAGGGUAGAAGAGGCAGAGGGAAGACCUGUCAAAGAGGCCCUCCAGGAAUUCCUGGACAAAGAGGACUGGAUGGUGGGAUAGGAGUAGAAGGAAGGAAAGGAGAAAAAGGAGAGCCAGGACUUACAGUAGAGGAGGUGAAGGAUCUUGUGACCAAGGAGGUGAUAGAAAAGUGUGGCAAGGACUACCUUCUUGUCGUGAACACCAAUGAUCCAGAUGAAGGGAGCAUUCUGAAGGAGGAGGAUGGAGCAGAAGAAACGGAUGAGGAGGAACCGACCUCUUCGCCCACUGUUUCAGACCCCGAGCCCACAUCAGUGUACGACAAUACCACAAGAGUCAGUGAGGAGACAUCGCAGUCCGAGAGAGAGAGGAGACAUGCAUUCAUGCACCUGUCAGGCUCUGUCACCGACGUGUGUCUCGAGCCGAUGUCUGAGGGUCACUGCUCCGAGUACACGCUGCUCUGGUACUUCCACCUGAGCUCUGGAGAGUGUCGGCCCUUCGUCUACAGCGGCUGCGGAGGAAACGGAAACCGCUUCAGCACAAAACAUGACUGCCGGACCUACUGCAGCCUGGACCAGAGAGGUAAAGAGCCUGUCACUCACAGCCUGUAAGGAAGAUUAUACAGUGAGACGUUACGGCAGUUCAGGUGUAAACAGUGAGCCUUACCUGAGGAGAGAGUGUGAUGAUGUUUACCCCAAAUACUGUCGUGUUUUGAAUUAUGUUUUAUCCUGAAAUAGUUAAA